AUGUCGUCUCGCGUGAUCCUUGGGAUCGCCACCACUACCACUGGUGUCGCCAUCAUCGGCGCUUUAUUGUUCUCGGUGUCGCUUAUUCUGGACAUCAACAACUUCCAAGAGGAGAUCGGCAGCGAUCUUGGAGAGUUUCGCGGAUACUAUGAUGAUGCUUGGCGGACAAUGAUGGUCGCCGAGGGCAUGCGAGGAAUCAGGAAGGCGCGUGCCGCCGAGUACGCCAAUGCUGAUGGUGGUGUCGCCGGAAACGGCGGUUCCGCUUCUUCCGGAGGCGGGCAGUGCAACUGUGGUCCAGCGGCUUCUGGCUGCCCAGCAGGACCACCGGGACCGCCUGGAGAAGACGGAAAGCCUGGAGAGGACGGAACACCGGGACAAGACGGAACCGCCGGAAUGACCGGAAUGGCGCAGAUGGCGAUGGAAAUGGGUGGCGGAGAGUGCAUCAAAUGUCCAGAGGGACCACCGGGACCGCCUUACUUAUUCCCAUCAACUAUAUUCAAUAUAAUCGUCACUUAUAUUAUAGUGAGCCUCUCCAUGCUCAAUCUUCUUCAUACAUCAAUCGCGUUGGUGUGCACCAUUAUCUGCACUACACUGCAAAUCGCCAAAAUGAUACAGCUUCCGGAGAGAAUUGUGAAGAGCGAGCGAUCAUUGACAAUCGCUUCGAUCUUGGUCUCGAUUGGAAUUCUAAGCGCCACAUUAUUUCAGGUGCUCUUCUUUUUAAUUUUGGCCUAUGAAGACGUCGACUUUUUCAUAGCCAUUCAAUUUUUUAGUUAUGACUUCUUAAAUGUCACGUUUCUUUCUGACAUGACCAUCGUUGAAUACGAUUCAAGCGAUAUUCCGUUUGAAUGCAACAAAUCAUAUGACGCCAGAAUCGAGUUCGUCAAAUAUCUCGCGCAAGCUUCUUACAUGUUUCCUGGAGCGAUUUUCAUUUUCUACGUCUUCUGGAUUAUUCUAUUCAAAUAUCGAAAAUAUUAUUGCACUAAUUCAUUCUACGUGAUUUAUUCGAUUAAUUGUUUUAUUAGUGGAUAUCUCCUCUUAACUGACGUGUUAUUUACCAGAUCUACUAUUUAUAUUCUUCCACUUUGUGAUCUAUUAAUACCAUACUUGUACAGUCCACGAUUUAUCACAAGCUUCAUCUAUACUGGCACCAGUUACUGUAGAGCAGCAUUGUCUGUCGUUCAAUCGCUAAUCGUCAUAAAUCGUCUAAGUUGUGUGGCAAUCCCAUUCUCAUAUUCAAAAAUCUGGAAAAAACUGAUACCAUUCUCAAUUGCGCUAAUAUUCAUUUUACCAUUUGCCGUCGUUUGGAACCUUUUGAUCUCUAGAGUUUUUGUAAUUCCAUUAUUCGGUGGAAUGGUGCCGUUGUACGCAAGAAGGGUCUCAUGGGCAUCUCUAUCAUUAUUUCAAACUACGCUAGUCUUAAUUGCCCUUGUUAUAACUACAGUAUGCACAACGGCAACAGUAAUAAAGAUGGGAAAUCUUCCAUUUUACUUUGCAUUUUUCCGCACUGACAGCGAUUUCAUCUACGCGAUUCAAUUUCUCAGCUAUGAUUAUGUGACAGUCUCUGAAAUCCCGUUUGAAUGCAACACAUCGUAUGAUACUGGAAUCGAGUUGGCCAAAUAUGGCGCACAGGCACUCUAUAUUUUCCCAGGGACCAUUUUCAAUUUCUACGUCUGCUGGAUAAUUCUAAUAAGGCAUCGCAAGCAUUAUUCGUCAAAAGCGUUCUACGUGAUCUAUGCGAUAAACUGCUUUUUGUGCGGUUUCAUGCUAAUUUCUGGCGGCGUGUUUCAACGCCCAAUGAUGUACAUAAUUCCGCUGUGCGAUUUCAUGCGUCCCUAUUUGUAUGGUCCCAAUGUCUUUUCAUGGUUCUUCUACACAUUCGGUUGCUAUGGAAGGGCGGGCUUCUGCGUCAAUCAAAUAUUCCUAGUUGUCAACAGAUUUACUUGUUUAUAUGUUCCAUUCGGCCACGAGCGAAUGUGGAGAAAAGUGCUACCGAUUAUUGUCACAUUGUCAAUUAUUCUCCCAUUCGGAGUUGUCUGGAAUCUAAUGAUAUCUCGAGUAUACUGGAUGAGUGCAUUUGGAGGCGCAUCAAUGAACUACAAACGACGAAUUUCCUGGGCAUCCUUAUCGUUAUUUCAAACAAUUUAUUUAAUUAUUUCACUUGUUAUAACAGUGGUAUGCACGGUGGCUACUAUAAUAAAAAUGAUUCAUCUACCAGUGAGGCUGAAAAAUAGCGAAAGAUCCCUUUGUAUAACGACAAUUGUGACUUCAAUCGGAUUCUGUAGUGCUGCUGCAUUUCAGUUUUACUAUGCUUUUAUACGCACUGAAAAAAGUAGCAUCAUUUUCGCGAUUCAAUUCUUCAGCUACGACUAUCUAGCAGUCUCGAACCCGGCCAUACUAUACAUAAAUUGCUCGUCACUUCGGAAUCAGAUCAACACGUCGAAAACCGUCGAAAUCUCGCCAGUACCACACGCAACAACCCACUAA